CUUCUCCAGACCUCGCGCAGCUCAGCGCGGUGUGGAGUGAUGAUGUGCCGUCAGAUGGCGGCAAAAGGAUCUGCGGCGCGUCCAUAGCCCGACAACCACCACCAUCAACGCCCCGGUAUUGAUGUCGACGCGACCAAAGCAGGCACAUCCUUCGGAGGUAUAUCAAUGAUCGCUAUGCCAUGGAUCAGCAAGUCCCUCUCGAUAGCCCGUUGUCGCCGGCUCCGACAGACCAAGCAUGCAAUGAAUGCAAGCGACGCAAAGGGCGUUGCGAUAAACUGAUCCCAGAAUGCACCCCAUGCGCCAAGAACAAGAGACACUGUCUCUAUGAGAGACAUUCGAGGACGCCUUUAACCCGCAAGCAUCUGACCAUGGUCGAAGAGAGGCUGCGCCAAUCCGAGAUACGUUUGCGGCAGGCAGAGCUUCGAGCAAAUGAAGCUGAGGCCAAGCUGGAGGAGUCUCUCAAGGAAAUUGCUGUGUUACAAGUAGGUGCGGAGCAGCGCCAUCAGCACCCUGUUGACGAGAACAGCGGACACGCAGAGUCCGAGUCACCAUUAUUCGACAAGCAAAGUAUUGCGGAUCUACCAGAGGGUAGACUCGGGCACAAACAGUCGUUCUCGCAGGGAACGGCUACUCGGGCUUCAGAAUAUCAUAUUGAAGAGCCGCCAGCCGAUGACUUCAGCUGGAAUGAACAGGCAGUGAUGCAUAGUCCAUUGCUUCCUGAUUACCCAGGCGCGGGCGAUGCUGGGAGUCCGACCGUGCUCGACGGAAUGGCUUCGCUCUCUGUUGUGGACGCAGGCACCGGCUAUCUUGGUGUCGCAUCUGGUGCUUCAAUGCUCAAGCUAAUGUUGGACGGCGACGGGGAACGAAGACUCGCCAAGCCACGUACAGGCAUACCUCGAAAUACUCAUUCGGAUCCGGACCAACUUGGUUGGGUUUCUACACCCGUGCAUUGGCAGAGGAACAUUGGAAUGGUCGAUCUGGAUGCCGCUAUUGAUGCUUACUUCUCGUGCUAUCAUUUGGCAUAUCCCAUCGUUCACGAGCCAACCUUUCGUGCUCAGUACGCGCAAGUUAUAGACCGCCCUGAUGGCCCCAGCUGGAAUGCGCUUGCCUAUAUUGUUGGCGCUAUUGGCAUCUUCAGUACUGCUACGGGUCCUGUCACGCAAGACUUGGAUCUCUUCGAAGCCUCAAGGGCCAACAUCUCGAUCGCCUCGCUCGAAAGUGGUAACCUAACCCUUGUACAAACUCUGACCCUCAUGUCCAACUAUCUCCAGAAGCGCAAUAAGCCCAAUUCGGGGUACAAUUAUCUCGGAUUGGCUCUGCAUAUGGCCAUCAGUCUAGGGCUGCACAAGGAGUUCAGCAACUGGCGCAUCGCCCCAUUGGCCAUGGAGAUCAGAAGACGGACUUGGUGGACACUUUACGCAUUCUUCUCUGGUGCAAUGAUCACAUUCGGUCGGCCAGUGACCUGGCCAUCGCACGGGAUCGAAGUUGCCCUACCGCUCAACAUCGAUGACCGCGACCUGACGCAUGCUUCUCUGUCAUUGCCACCGCCCAAGACAGGCCUGACUCCUUACUCAGCUGUUGCAUCACAGGCUAGAUUCCAUCUUGCGACCAACGAUAUCUAUGAACGGAUCAUCUCAAGUGACUUUCCCAGCGCCACGGAGCUCCUGCGGCUUGACAAGGAACGAAUCGGAACAUGGCACUCAAUUUGGUCGGAUGAUGCGUCGAACAUGCCGGAGCGCUACCGGCUUCCUCGCAUGAUCAUGAACUGGAGAUUUCGCAACUUUCGUAUCAUUAUGUUCCGGUUCCAUCUGAUCAAGCAUGUCCUGCGAAGUCGAGAGGUCGGUCCGCAACCGGCAAACGAUCCUGCGACGCAAGAAGUUAUCGAUCGAUGCUUGACCGAAGCUGAGGCGUCCAUCGCUUCCAUACAUGGUUACUGGCACAAUGCAGAGCACAACGUCAUGGCAUCUUGGUACGGGCUAUACUUCAUCUUCCAGGCGUCCAUGAUUCCAACCAUAAUGCUUCGCAACAAUCCGAAUGCGCCACAAGCCGACACCUGGCGUGCCCAGCUUCACCUCGUCCUCGCGGUCCUUGAAUCGAUGCACUUCAUCAAUCCUGCCAGCAGAGAAUGCCACGAGCUGAUUAUCCGUCUGUGCGGAGGAUUCCUUGCUACGAGCGCAGGCAUUGCUGAAGCAUCUCUGCAUCCGGUCGAAGAGUCUCCCGAGACACAACUGUCAGGCUUGCAAGGAAUGAUGUGGCCAGGCGUUCAUGGGACUGAAACCGACACUUUCAUGCAGGACCAAGACUGGACGACUUUCUUAAUCAACAUGGAACCUGGAAGCCUUGACUUGCCUUUCAAUCAUGAUCAAUUUGGUUGA